UCAUUAAUUUUAUUUACCAUUUAGUAUUUUUAUUUACUGCAAUAAAUUUUAUGGCUUAGGAUUUAGAAGAAAUAAUAACUUGAGGCCAUAUGUCAGUUUUCUUGAGAAAAGUUGUGAAAUCAAUUAGUGUCAUCCUUUCGUGUAAAAUCUGUGCUUUUCUUAGGUUUCCGCAAAUGGAACUUUGUUUUUAUAAUUACUUAAAUCGUAUUUUGCCGUAAAACCCUAUUGUUAAUCUUUCGUUUGAUGUCGAGUAUGAGUCCUUUUAGAUUAACACCCUUUUGUAACAAUUAGUGGCAAGAAUAACUCAACACCUGGACAGGGGACGCUAUCGGGUUUUUGUCCGAUCACUUUUGCGACGGACAACCUCGAAUAAACAGCUUAAAUUUUAAGACUGUCUCCUGUCCUGUUUUUCAGGUUUAGCAAUACUGGUUAUCACCAUAGUCCCCAAAGCACGGUGAUAAGUUGGUGCAGACAUCCUAAUAGUCCCGGAUGAAAGAGAAUAGACCUCUCAACUACAACCUGAGGCCACGGAGCCCAAGCUUCGUCACUCCAUCAAAGAUAUCGCAGACAGGACAAGAAUCUACAGGUACAGAAUCUACUGUCGCUGAGUCCCAGCAUCAACUGACAACUACAUCAGACAACUCUGCUGGAAUUCCUACAGAAACAGGGGCAAACUAUUCAAACCAGCAAACAAAUGAUCAACAAGUGAGUGAUGACCUACAUGUAACGCAAUCAUCAACUCAACCUUCUGAGGAAGAAGUUGACCAUCAACUCAACAUUUCAACAGAAUCUUCUGAGGAAUCUUUGAAUCCUCAUCUCAGUGUUGAACUUCCUCAAAACAACAUACAGGAAGAACAUUUAACUCUUCAACCAACAAUUAUGGCAACUUCUCAACCAAACAAAUUCAAUGGAAGUGAGUCGCCAUGCAUCUGGCUUUCGAAAUUAACUGCGUGGCAGAAAUUCAAUAAGCUUACAGACAAUGCAGUGUUAGAAUAUAUUCCCUGCUUGCUGGACGGAAGUGCAGGAACCUGGUUCCAGACUCUAAAUCCGGCUCAGUACCAGACUCUGCAAGCGUUUAAAGACCUCCUUAGUGAACGCUAUAAGCCAGCUUCAUACAAAACGAACAUCCUUGGAAUUAGGCAAGAGUCCGGAGAAACCUGCGAAAAGUACCUUGAAAGAGCUGAGCGCCUUGCUCUGGCACACCAUGACCUCGAUGAAGCCUACAAGGUGCAGUUCAUUGCAAAUGGCUUGAUUAACAACAUCAGAGGAAGGGUUCUUGCCAGAGAACCCCAAACUUUUCAAGCUCUUCGCAGAGACAUUUCCCUAGUUCAGUUAGAACUUGGUUGUGAUCAACAAGUGUCAUUUGUGACAAACAAUUCAUCCUUCGAUUUGAGUGAAUUGACUAAAUCCAUUAACUCGCAUAUCGAACAGACAGUUACUGCGCAAAUCAGUGCCUUAGCUGAUCAACUCCAGGAAAGACCUAGGUAUUCCUACCGAGAGGAAUGCCCAGGAGAUAACCAUGCGCAUUCUUAUUGUGAUUACCACAGAGCUCCACCUCGAUGUGACCAUUAUCAGGAUCAUUCCAGAGAACGUCACCAUUGUCAAAACUCACAUUACAGAGAUCAUUCGCGGGACCGUUACAGAGAUCAGUCUAGAGACCGUUACAGAGAUCACUCUAGAGACCGUUACAGAGAUCAGUCCAGGGACCGUUACAGAGAUCAGUCCAGGGACAGUUACAGAGAUCAGUCUAGAGACCGUUCCAGUUACCGUGACAGUUCGAGAGAGCGUGAGCCAAGUCAACAUUACCACAACGAGGACCAGUCCAGAAAGUCCAGACCCCCUGACUCCCAAGGACCGAGGAACUGGAACCAACGUGACCAGACCCCCAGACGUCACCAAGAUGAAAGAAGAGAGUGUGCGGGUGGAAUUCAGAACUGCAGCGGUUGUGGUGUGUGUCGUGGACAAGGAAAGUACCAUGGACGGAAUAACUACUACCAUGGACAGAAAAAGGGCUUUGGACCGUCUCAUAACACUACUAUGUUUAUCAUCAGUUGCCUCUGUCUCACCUCAGUGUGUGCAAUAGAUUCUUCAAGCCACUACAUCCAGAGAAUCAACUAUGGAGUUGUCUUUGAAAAGACGAACGACUUAUACCUUGGCCAGGAACAUUGGUUACACACCUUUCAGAUUCCACUGCCAAAGAAGAUUCAUCUGCCUGAGUUAUACUGCACUAUGCCUCAUUGUAGAACGGCCGGCCACAUUGUCAAAUCACUAAACUCUUUACGAAUGCAGUGUAUGGCUAGUGUAAACUCAACUGUGCAUCAUAUCCAUGAGCUCAUCCCAACAAGAGAACUUCCUGCAGAUAAGAAAUACAUUGGAUCUUCGAGAUCAAAAAGAGGACUUUUUGAUUUCGUUGGAGAAAUUUCGAAAUCACUUUUUGGAACUGCAACGUCUGACGAUAUUGCUACUCUCCAACGACACAUGCAAGUAUUGAACAACAAUAAUGUAAAACUCGCAAGAGCCAUGGCCCACCAGGAUCAACAUCUAUCAUCUUUUAUCAACGCAGUCGACAAAAGAUUUACAAACAUCCUAGCAGCUGUACAAAAGAAUCAUCAGGAUGCUGUUGCUAUUUCCAAUUUAGCACAGACAUCAAUGGAUGCCCUGGAUCACGAGUUCCUCAUUAUGAGUCAACUAAUAAUCAAACAGACUAAUGUCUCCGCACAGUUGGAAAAGGAGCUUGAACAUAUCAAAUUAGCAAUACAUGACUUGGUGAAAGGCAAGCUAUCUCCAUUCCUGUUGUCACCACAUGUUUUAAAGUCAUCUUUAAACCAAGUCCAAAACAUCAUCACGGAGAAAUUCCCACAAUUUCAAGUUUCCAACAAGGACCCACUGUUCUAUUACUCCUUUGGGGAAUUCCUGUUUACCAGACAACAUUCUCAUUUAUACCUGACCGUGAAAAUACCAAUAUCUUCCUUCCACCUACCUAUUUCAGUGUACAAGGUGAUUACUUAUCCAGUACCUGUCAACGCGAGUUCCAAUCAUGCUACUCAGCUAAUGAACAUGCCACCCUACUUUUUGAAUACAGAGGACAAUCAACAUUACGCCACCAUUACGUCUCAACAGUUGGCUCAGUGCAAGGGAUCAACAACUCUAUAUUGCCAUUUCAACAUUGCACUGACAGCCACAGCAUCUCCUAAUUGUUUGUCAGCAGUCUUCUUCAAUCACAAAGAAGCAGUAAGCAAAAUAUGUGACUUUCGUCUCUUGACCAACGUGCUUCCCACUGCCAUGUACGAACUGUCACCCUCACAUCUACUGCUGUACCGAACAACAAUGAUUGCAUUAGAUUGUGCAAAUGGUCAACGAAUUCUCAAGGGCUGUCCCUUCUGUGUUGUGAAGAUACCAUGCCUUUGUUCAGUAACAAGCAAUGACUUGUAUCUGCCACCCCGUUUGGGCAAAUGCAACAACAACACUGAUAAGGUUACCAUCCUCCACCCAAUCAAUCUAGCCCUGCUUCAGCAGUUUUUCGACAAGGAUGCUCACUCAACUAUAUUUGGAGACACCAUCUUUGAAGAAUUCGUUCACAUCAAAUUACCAAAUUUCCAAAUCUUCAACCAUUCAUUUUCCCAGUAUUUGGCCAACGACAAACAACAACAUCUAAGCCUCAAGCGCAUUGCAAAAGCUGUUCGACGUGAUGGUAAAGUGUUUAAUAACCUCGCAGAAUCUAUGAUCGCAGGCCAGGUGGAAUUUGCAGUCGACAAAUGGCCAGACACAAGUGGUAUUUUAGCUAUCAUUGCAACAUCCGUUGCAUUCUUCGGCUUCAUAUUCAGCAUUUGGUCAUGUUACAAAAUUCGAACUGUCCUGCUUCCAGUGUUGCUGCUACAUCAGGCCCAUUCAACAACGGCGUCCACACUUAAACCGACCUUAUCGUUCAUUUACCACGAGGCACAAGAGAACACACCACCACCCAGCAUAAAAGAGCAUAUUUAUGCCUCGUUCACCACUCCUUGGCCAUAUGUUUCCCUAUCCAUAUUGACAACAUUCUUCGUAUUGGCAUGCAUCGCUCACCUCUUUCGAAAAUUCCGAAGAUCACACAGAACGGCCUUACAUUUGGAACUCACUACUGGACCAACAUGCGAACUCUUUACGCUGGUGACGCUACCCCUGUGUCCACAUAAUUGGACAAUACAGACCCCUGAGGACAUUUCUUCAGUGAAUAUAACCACCUCGUAUUUUGUUUUCCAUUACUUACACAUUCAGUGCACUAACUUCUCGGUCACUAACAAACAUACUAACCGCUCAAUGGACGUACCAACUACCAUUUUAAUAUCACCUUUAACAGCUUGGAAAAUUCGUAACAUUCUGAAGCAUCCCUACACAGCUUAUUUUCUUUUGUCACAUCACAACUAUUUUCAAAUAGUGUAAGAUUUUUUUCCUUUUGGGCAUGACUUACUUGUAAGUUUGUGAGUGAGAUACAUUAGGUUUUGAGUUGUUCAGUUGGUAUAUCUACCACAUGCUUUGUACAUACAUUAAUGUGAAUAAGUUUUUUAUCCCAUUUAGAUUGCAAACAUUUGUUUUGUGUAUAUAUACAUAUAUUUUGUUCAAUUUUUUUUCUUGAUAUAUCAUUUUUUUAUUAUCUACAA